AUGGAUCGCGAGAUAUUGAUGUCUGUGAGCUCGGCUACAGAUGCCAGAGCAAGAUCGAGCCCUGAGAUCUCAUCGACGGAACAGAGCCCGUCCUGCGAGUCGACACCCACAAAAACCAGCCCCACGACGGGCGAAGCUGGGCCUAGCCAGAGCCGGCCCUCCGCAGACAUUGCCGAAGAAGCAUUUGUUGAUUUUGAGACCGCAUCGGCGUGCAUGUACCGCGGGGACUGCCAAACCGGCUCACAGCUUCGAAAGGCAAUUUCACACAUAUUUGGACGGAACAAGCUGUGCACCCGUAUGAUUCCGACAGGCGUUUGGGUGCAUUACUGCAGGAAGCACUACCAGCGGACGCGGUACCGAAAUAGUGGUGAGUAUCCACAGAGACAGAUCGGACUUGUACAGGAGCAGGUGAAACGAGUUCAGGCAUGGAGCGAUUGCAACACACGCCGGGGCUCUGGGCCUAUCCUGAAGGAUUGGUCAUUGUCAGUUCGGAAGCGCGAGCAAAUGCGCUUGGACAGCAAGCUGGCAGCAAACGGAAAGAAGCGGCCCUUCCAAGACGAAGGGGAGGGAGAGGAAGAUGAAGGUUUUGACGAAGACCGGGCUGAUCUGAGCGGCACAGCUGUUCCGGAUUGGGUAAUUUCGCGGAUCGGCGAUGGCUAUUCGACAUCUGAGAUUCUUACGGUUGUUGAGCGUCUCAAGGCGGAUAUCGACCAAGGCCGCCUGCAGCAGAUUCCGGACAUUGAGAUACUGCCAAACAUUUCUACGGAAGACAGGAGCGACGAUGGGACAAACGCAAAGAGGAGCUUCGCCAAACGGCGGGCCACUGGUUCUCGCAGCAACGUCAAUGGGGCAGGAGGCUCAGGCGCUGGCCACCGUCGAUCCCAGUCAGUCAAUGCUGCCGGACUCUCUGAGAAUCAUAUGGCAACGCGCCGCUGCAGCCAGCCGAGCAACACAUAUAUGCCGCCCCGGAUUCUGCACAAUAGCGAGCUGCAGCAACCGCUGGACAAGCGUCAGCGCAUUGGCGGAGAACGAGCGGACCGGCAUGGGAGCACUUGCAACUCAGAGUCGUUUGGCUCGCGGACAUCAUUGCCACCCACCGGACCCCUAUCUCGUCCGAGCCUGGGGAGCAGGAUGCAGCUUACUCAUCGGCCAGCUUUCGGCGAGAUUCGCGAGAGCCGCGCAGAGGCACAGAUUUAUCAGCCUACAGAAAGAAUCCGAUUCGAAACAACAGCCAGUGACGGCAAUAUUGGCCAACAGCAACAGCAACAACAGGGACGUGGCGCAGACCUGUACGAACACGAACGAGGAUAUGGCAUCAGCACGGCAAUGCCUGUACCGUACAGUUAUGGGUCAUGCUACGACCACGAGCACCAGCAGGCAGGGCCAACUUCUUCAAGAUACGGCAUGCUCCCGGCACCAAAUCCAUUGCGACACGACGGUGCGUCUGUUGCACAGCGUCUGGAAUCAUCAUCAUAUGCGCUGAGCUCGGCAGCCGACCGACGUGGGAGCACGCAUCAGCGGUCUCAGUCAGAGGCUAUGUCCUAUCACCACAUGCCGUCAUCGCACGACGCGCGACCGACAUCGUCUUCAGGGUUUCCGCCUCUACAUUCUGCUCCGGCAGGCCUAGGCGCAAAUACUAUUGCUAGAUUUGGUCAGGACGCGGCCGAAAAGGCUUCUUUCGGGUAUGGCAAUUACCAGACCCAGAACAACGGCCAGGGUGGUCAGCAGCCAUAUGGCUAUGCGAAAGAGGCCGACCGCUACGAGAGAUAUGACAACGUUCGGCUGCCGCCACUACAAACUCUUCCGCCGCCCCAUUCGCAUUCGCACCAGCGCUACACAUCCUCAGCAGUGGGCGGCGGCUUCGGAAUAGAUCGGAAGUAUAGAACGGCAGCAGAGUAUCCGGAGUCGGCCAGACAUGUACGGCACCAGAGUUCGCCGGUGGUUCCGCGGCUGUUGCCCUCGCCCAUGGAAAUUGGGACUGCUCGGCGUCUGCCGGACUUGGGAAGGCCACUGUCGCCUAGGCCUUAG